AUGUACACCUCAAGCAGCCUGGUAGUCAUCGCCUCCCUCCUCGCCGCCAGCUCCUACGCUCAAGAGGACCCAUCCACCGUGUCAGCCAUCACCCAGAUCACGGACGGCCAGCCACAGGCUCCCGUCACCACCCCAGUCGCUUCCAGCUCCUCCUAUUCCAACCCAUACGUGACACAAACCAACUCCCUCGGCGUCGUCACCGGGCAACCCAGCCCAGAAACCUCGCAACCCCUUCCCGUUACCAGUCAGCCAUCCGUCAUCACCUCCAUGUCACCCGCUGCCACAUACGUGUCCAAUGCCCCAGGCAUUCCGGUAGGCUUGAACACCACCCUGUUGCCCGUGGUCAGCUCCAGCGCUGUUGAGGGCACUUCGGCUGCUGGUAAUCUGAGCACCAGCACUUCCACUGCCACCGCCACCGCCACCAACACCAGGACUCAGACCGCCAGCCGCACCACCGGCACUUCGGGCUCUGGCACGAGCGGGAGCUCGACUUCUGAAGAAACCGGCCCUGCUUCCGCCACUGGUGCCGCCGGUGCCAUCCACCCUUUUCUUGUAAGAGCUUUUGUGGACAGAUAUUUGAAGGUCGACCUUUUUUGGAGAUCAUUACACUUUUUCACCGGAUAA